AUGGCACAAGAGGCUUCACAGAGAGCUUUAGAGCAACGGCUCACUAAGGAAGAAGUGGUUACUCUACCACCAAUUGAUUUCGUUACCUUGGGCAUGUUCAUCAUUGAUGAGAUACAUUUCCUGCCGCCUACUCCCCCUGUUCAAGACAUUCUUGGAGGCGCUGGGUCAUAUGGUGCCCUUGGAGCUCGCCUCUUCUCACCCCCACCCGACACAUCAUCCGUUGGCUGGAUUGUCGAUCAAGGUUCUGACUUCCCACAAUCCUUAACUAACCUCAUUGGCACCUGGGAAACGUCGGUCGUGCUCCGAGAAGACCCCCAGCGCCUCACUACCCGUGGCUGGAAUGGCUAUGAGACGGCUGAGAAGCGCGCCUUCAAAUACACCACUCCCAAGAAGCGUCUUACCGCCGAAGAUCUGACCCCUCAUCUGCUGUUAUCCAAGUCAUUCCAUCUCAUUUGCUCACCGGAAAGAUGCAGAGAAUUGGUGACCGACAUUUCCUCUGCUCGUAAGCGCGUGUGUCCGGAUGAUCUUUACACCAAACCCAUAUUCAUCUGGGAACCUGUGCCCGACCUGUGCACCCCGGAUGAGCUUCUCAAUUGUACAAACACACUUCCACUUGUCGACAUCUGCAGUCCGAACCACUCAGAGCUCGCAGGCUUCAUGGGCGACGACGGAAUAGACCCAGAAACCGGCGAAAUAUCCACUUCGGCAGUCGAGAGGUCCUGUGAGCAGCUACUCGCCAGUAUGCCCCUCCAGUCUUUUACCCUCGUUAUUCGUGCAGGUGACAAAGGUUGUUACGUUGCACGAAAUGGCGGUCGCAAGCGCCAGCCUGACGUGCGCGAAGGCGCUGGCUCGAAGCGUCGCAAGAAGGACUACACCAGAGGUGGCCUCCAGCCGGAUACCGACAUGGAAGCAUUGUUCGCCGGCCUCUUGCAAGACGAUGAGGGCGUCAUUGCCAGGGAAGAAAUCGAGGUUGAUGCAGGGACAGAGAAGUGGAUACCGGCCGUUCACCAAGAUCCCGCCAAGGUAAUAGAUCCAACUGGUGGUGGUAACACUUUCUUGGGCGGUCUCGCUGUUGCCCUCGCAAGAGGGAAGACCGUUGAAGAGGCGGCAGUGUGGGGAAGUGUCGCCGCCAGCUUCGCCAUCGAGCAAGUCGGCGUCCCCCUCCUGAGCAGGGACGAUAAUGGUGCCGAAACAUGGAAUGGCGUCCGAGUAGAAGACCGGCUUGCAGAGUUUAAAAAACGAUUACAAGAACAGGAAACAUGGUAA